AUGUCGUUGUCAUCAACAAGCUAUAAGGACGAGCCUGCCCAUGCUCAGCCUUCUUCUUCUCCUUUUCCACCCACCCGUCUUUCCUUGUCUUCUCCCUCUGUCACAGCUCGUACUUCGAACACAACUACCACCAUCCGACUCCAUCACCCUCGCUUCUCACCUUCCUUCUCUGAGCGACCGCGUUCCCUCCCUUGCACUGAUUUUUCCUCCGGUCCGCAAUUGCGUCAAUCGAAGCCGCGUUUGAGCUGUCCAACGCCGCCUUCGCCCGCAGAUCCAGGUCAUACACCAAAACGCGUGGACCACUACGACUGGAGUCCCGUUUUGCUCCUCACUCCUCCGCCCUCCUCGCACAUUGGCAUUAGCCGAGCCACCUCUUCGUCGCUCGGCAAGCGGCACACCCCCGAUUCCUUUGGCACUAGUCCAUAUCACGUUGGGCGUCGCUUCCACGCGAAAGCAACCGACUUCAGCUCUCCCACCCUUUCCACUCGAAGAGCGAAGGCUUUGUCGCAGCUGAAACCACUUCCGAUGUUGUUGCCUUGUACCGCCAUGGAGCUUGCCGCGAACAACGAACCGAGCCAAAUCAUGGUGUCUCACUCGACCUCGCUCAACAGUCCAAAACCUACUCAAGUAUCCGAGCACGUAAAGUACUCGACUCCAGCGCUCAUCGAGGCACCUACUCGAGCUAAGGGGCGAGAGUCGCCCAAGUUGAUGCCAUUCACUAAGCCAAGGGCUCUAACUUUGGACGGCAUUGACCGACCCGUUCUGCCCCCCUUGCUUGGCAAUCUUUCUCCCAACCGCUUCGGUCCAAUUCGUACGUCAUCUUCCCGGACCUCGUCAUCUUUUCGCCACGCAGUGGAGCACAAAAGCAAUCCUUACUUUGUUUUCAGCCAGCCUCGCCGGCCAGUCGAUUACUUCACACUUCCCGUCUCCUCUUCUCGAGGUGCUCGUGGUCGCAGCACGUCUUCCCCGUUCCAUGCACCAACGAGCUCAGUCCGCUUCACUUGCAGUGAGCUCUAUCAUGGCGAUACGAACGACUUCAAGCUUGCUCAGCCUCUUCGACGACACAGCUCGCCGGUUGGGACUCGCCCCAUUGCCGCUGAUCCAAUUGCUGAUCAAAAGGAUAGUGGAUUCCCAGAGGCCACAGCCAGUUCGCAUCUUGAUUCGUCUCCUCUCGUCGAAACCGACAACUCUCUUGGUCUGUCUUUGGAGCCGGCUCCCUUUCCGUCAGAGCUGCUGCAUUUCGACUUGGGAUCGACAGCUCAUCGCAACUUGUCUCCGCGAACCCAGGCCGACUUUUUUCCGAGUCAUGGUGGCGGCAAUCCCAGUCUCUCAGGCUUGAGUGGAAGGAACACGUCUCGUGUCUUUCCUCGUUCUCCAGCCAACUCGUCUGAGGUUUCGUCUCGUGUCUCGUCGCCUUCCAACAUAUGCGACGACUCGCUGCCCAUUCUCCCCCUUGCGCACCACCACGACCUCAAUAACAGCAGACCUGAUCCAUGCCUCUCGCUUCCUGCACUCAAGAUCCACGAUGACAUUUCAGCGACACGCUUUGCUGCCUCGCCUUCUACAUUCGAGCCAGUGCCGACGAUGGAGGAAGACAGCUUUAUCUACAAGAUGCCGAUCCUCCGUGCCAUGUCUCCUCUUGCCGACACAAGCAGCGAUAGCGAAGAUCAAAUGUCUGACGAGCCACUCGCCAGCACAACGAUAUCACCUCGUUCUUCGACCCCCAAGAAAGUCACUGCACAUGUGGAGAAUGCACAGCCAGAUCUACCGGCGUCACAGGAAGGACGCACGGGUGAGAUUUUUGUCGCGAUGAAAACGUUACUUCCUCUCACGCUCAAGCAGGGUCGCAGCACUACAGCUCAGCAUGUUUCAGCGUCGUCGAUGGAAAGUGGGCCUGCUAUCGUCGAAACUGUCGAUGUGUCCUUCCACUUUGAAGACGAGCAAGGUCAGCGUCGGGACAAGGUGCAAGGCGAUCUUAUCUGCCAAGCCAACAGCGCGGCGGCGUUUGUUGUCGAACGCUUCGCCGUACAUAUGACUGCACACGUCAUCAACAGCGAUGGCCGACUUCAAAAGGGUCGUCAGGGUCUUGUACCUCUAAUCCAAUUUGGACCUGCCCGCGAAAGGGGUCCACGAGAAGCUGUCCAGCCUGUAGAGCUGCGCAGUGGUGGCAACAUAGGCAAGGAUGCUUCCGCCAACGAACAGGCCGCGGCGAGGUCUGGUAAUGUCGCUGCUUUCCGGCGCGUGCAGAUUCGGUCAGCCACGAUGAACAACGGCCAGCGUGGCGCGGCAAGCCAACAGUUCUACGCACUCAAGCUGACGCUUCUUGCGUACCCGAAGCAGGGUCCACUGACGGUCAGUGCCGGUGUGGAGGUGGCGAACCUCGUCAGCCACCCGAUCACGGUGAGGGGUCGAUCCAAGGUUCACUAUGCAGCUGCUUCUACGGCUAACGCCAAGGCAAAUGUCGCUGCCAGUGCCGUCUCGUGCGUCGUUUCCGCAAGCCGUUUGGGCGACCAGCGGGCUAUUGCGACUUCGAACGGAUCUCGUACGAAGCAAGACAAGAGUGUGCGCGGUAACGGUAAACUUGCUGCAGAUGAUCGUCGUAGCAGUCGCCGUCUUCAGCCUGCCGAGCAGAUCAUCUGCACCGAGGUCGCAGACACGAGCCAAGACGCCGACGAUGAGUCGGAAGAGCGACACAAGCACGAAUCCAGCGCAGCGUCGAGAAGUGUCGGCAGGGUGAUGGACAUCCGCAGCAUCAUUUGA